AUGAUCUCAUCUAUUGUUCCACUGCCUCUUCUCGCAACCGUUACUACAGCUAGUAAUCCUUCCAAAUUGUCCUCUCGAAGCUCUUCCAAAGUCCCUCCCAUCACCCCAGAAUCAACGGAGAACGAGCGAAAUCCAAUCCUAUCCCCCAAUCCCACCCGCACCUGGGAAUCCGCCUACCUCUACAACCCCACAGCCAUCGUAAUAGACGACCUGAUCUGGAUGCUCUCGCGCCCAAAACAGCUCCAAAACCUCCUCCAUCGGCCUCACCUGGUCCCACAACGGCCUCAACUUCACCCGCUACGAGCAGCCCGUGCUCUCCCCACAGAACCCUACGAAACCCCCGGCGGCUGCGACGACCCGCGCGUCGUCCACGUAAACGGCACCUUCUACAUGACUUAUACGGGUUACACCAACACCACUGCCCGCCUUUGCCUGGCCACCUCCCCGGACCUCGUGCACUGGACGAAACACGGCCCCAUCCUCCCUGCCGUGCAGGACGUGCUCUACCAAUGGCGAGACCCGCUCAACGCGUACGUCCCUCUGCAGGGCUGGACGAGCAAGUCCGGCGCCAUCCUCAACGAGCCCCAGCCCGACGGAACUUACCGCAUGAUCUACGGCGAGUCCUUCCUAUACCAGGCGAACUCCACCGACUUGCUCUCCUGGAACUAUCCCCAGGGUGGGCUGCCGAACGCCGGUAAAUUGAAUCCCUGGGAGCCGGGCCCGCCUGCGAUCAGGACCAGGGAUGGAAGGUGGAUUUUGUUCUAUAAUGGGGGUGGUGACGGGGCCUGGGGGGCCGACGAGUGUGGAGGAGGUGGAGGGGCAGGUUGA